CGGAUACUGAGUUGAUCUGUAAGCAGCUGGCAGUGUGUUGAUACCAGCCUGCUGUAGCGGACCCUUAAUCAUGGUGCUUGUCUUUAUGCUGAGGGUUUCCUGGAUUUGCUUCCUCCUUUUUGGCCGAGGUGCUUGCCUGCCUGUUUUAGUUAAAGGUCAGUCUGGUGGCACUGGAAGAUUGGGCCACCUUGGCUGGGUACCUGGUACUGGAGGGGUUGGUGCUGUCAGAUGGUUCCCUGGAACUGGAUUGCGUGGGGAUGGUAGCACUGGAUCUGUAAGAGUUGAUACUGGUGACUGGGCCUCUGGUGCUGGCAGAGCUGGUGCUUUAAGUGUUGGCACAACUGGGGUUGGUCGUGACACCUCAGUUACUACAGGGCUUGGUGUUGGCAGCUCUGGUACUAGUGGGGUUGACGUUGGCAGUUCUGUUACUGCAGGCGUCGGUGCUGGUAGCUCUGGAGGGGUUGGAUCUGCUGGCGGCUCCGGCUCUGGAAGGGUUGGUAUUGGUGGCUUUACUGGAUCCUCAUAUUUUGCUGGCUUUCCAUGGAUAAAUGCUCCUACAGGGGGAGCUCCUUCCUCCUUUGACCCACAGGACUGGAUGCCCUCUCAGACCUAUCCUGACUUUAAUGCCUGGUAUACCUCUCAAGUGCCACUUGGCAUGUUUAUGGCUCCACCUGCAUUGCCUUCAUCCUACAUCAUCCAGAACGGCAAUGGUUACCAGCGAGGAAGAGAAGCCUUUUCUUACUCCAAAUACACUGACGAUGUCUACAGCCCCUUUCCUCUAAGCCCUGUGCUGCCACACGAUCCAGAAAGUGUCCCAGUGGUUGAUUCUCAAAGGAUAAAGGUUUGAGGUCAACUUGAUGAGCUGAGCCUGGGCCUCCAUGCAUCAUGUGGUCAUUAAAUGCACUAUAACAACAAUCUGUUCUCCAGUCUUUUACUGGGCAACCAGUCAUUAGGUCAGCUUUAGGUUUUUGUGGACAAUGUCAGACACUUUGACGUUUACACAUUCAGCAUAGCCAGACUCUGCCUUAACUGGCUGAACCUGACACCAUCACGGUCAGAGGUGAUGGGUAACAACUUUCUUUAAACUGGCUGAUAUGCAUGGACACAAAGGUUGUCUUGCAGGUCACGUGAUUCUGUCACAUUGGAUGAAUGAUGAUGAAAAGCAUAAUGAAGUGAAAGGCAACACUAUAGCAACUACAACUCAAGACUUAAAAUGGUGAGAAUAACUCAAAUGUACUGAAAAUACUCAACCAAGACCCCAGAUCCCAAAGUCAAACCAUGGACUGACAAUUAAAGCUACAGUGUGUCAAAGUUUAACAGAUGUCAGCAGCUUGCAGAAUUCUACUGAAUUACCUCCAGAAACUUAUUUGCGUAAGCCUGGCUACAGUGGCUAGGAUAACUUAUUUUCAUCUGUCAGAGACAACCUUAAAUUUCAACUGUAGAAGGCAGUCAGUCCGCGGUUUACCUCAGCUUUCAGACGCAGCUGAACGAUUUAUCAGCGGGAAAGUGACUGUUAGGGCAUUGGAGCCUAAUGUUAGCGUAUAACUGGCUGCUGUUAUUUAGCUCUUGUCAGCUUUCCAGAGAUGAGAGGGUCACGUGUCUGACCUGGGAGCGUGUUUUUGUGUUAGAGCUCUGACUUAAAUGAAGACAACAUUUUAAUAAGGUGCCAGUGGCGUUCUCUUUCCUUGUGUUUGUGUGAAGGGGCUAAAAUGUAGGGUAUGACGGUGCAGAAGUGAAUCUAAAUGUACCUUACGCAAACACCCGUGACUUCUUUCUCCUUUGGUUUGCACAUUGCAUCUCCGCUCUCUAGCACCACAUACGUAAA